AUGGAGAGAAAUAACCUGAGACUGAUUGAUAUCCCAGAGCAAGAAGAGACAAAGAAAACCACAGAAGAGAUAGUCGAAAAGCUGCUAAUAGAAAAUUUCCGUAACAUCUUGAAGGAUGAGAACAUAAGCACUCAAGAAUCUGACCACCCAUGGAACACCGUCAUCGAGGCUGCCAUGAGGAAGUACCCAAAUCCAAUGAAUCCUUGUGUUGUGGGAGUGGAUGUCUUGAAGCGGACGGUGGACAGCCAUGGCCGCCUUCACAGCCACCGCCUGCUCAGUACUGAGUGGGGGCUGCCCACGUUAUUGAAAGCGAUUUUGGGAACCAGUAACACUUUGACAUACAUCAAGGAACAUUCUAUUGUGGAUCCAGUGGCGAAGAAAAUGGAACUUUGUUCUACCAAUAUCACACUCAGAAGUUUGGUGUCAGUUGAUGAGAGGUUGCUGUACACUCCUCAUCCAGAGAACCCUGAAAUGACUGUGCUUACCCAUGAAGCCAUCAUCACAGUGAAGGGCAUUAGCCUAGGCAACUAUUUAGAAAGUUUAAUGGCCAACACAAUAUCGUCCAAUGCGAAAAAGGGAUGGGCUGCCAUUGAGUGGAUAAUUCAAAAUUCUUAA